CUAACAAGCUCCCUACUCUAACCCAGUUUAAAGCUCAGCGGUUGGUAGUUGAGGUCAGUCCGGGAUUACCUUACAUAAGUUAGCAAGCCAUCCUCCCCCAGGGUGAUGAGUGGCCGAAAACAUUCUUUUACGGUAAUCAUUUAUUGAUAGUUUGUAUAAGUUAAUAAAGCUCUCUUUGUCUAAAUAUAACUUUAAGGUGCAUUUUUGAUCACGCUUUGAGAGAUUAAGAACUUUUUAACUUAAUUGGUUUCAUUUCAUUUUGAUUUUUGAUUUCAUUUCAUUACUUGAAAGGCUGGAAACUGAAGCUAAACAUAUUUACAUGAAGAAGUCUCAAUAUUAAUUAUUAUUUGCAUUAGUUCAUAGUCAUUUUUACAGAAUCACCUAGUUGCAAUAUAAUACUUAUUAUCGAUUCUAACCCAUAAACUUAAUCUAUAAUUAAAACGUUUUGCACAUGCAAUCAUGACUGCUUAAUAAAUCUACAAAUUAUACGUUUAAUUAUCGUGUUACAUGGUUUUAUUUUCUAAUAACUAACUGAUAUGUAACAGAUAUUUAAUAAAAAUAUACCAGAAAAGCAGCUUCAACUUAUUUGGAAAUGAUAUAAAAGUAGAUUUGUAUUUUAUUUAUAAAAUUAAGAUAAUUUGGCAAAUAUUCUAGAUUCGACAGCUUUUUAUAUUGUUUAAACUUAAACCUUCGAUGAUGAUAAGUUACUGAAACAGAUUAAAUUUUGUCCUUUAACUCAGCCUCACUUAUUUUAAAGAAUAUUUAAAGUAUUUAUUUGAUAUUUUGAUACUUCAUAUGCAGUUUUUCUUACUCUAACUAGCUGAAAGAUCUUAAAAAAUGCUAUAUAAGUAUAUAUAGUUAAUCUCUCUACCCACUGGAACUUCUUCUUUCCCAACACUUACUACCUUCCCGUUCCAUUAAACUUAACUCAAUGCACAUUUUUCUCAGUGAUAAUGAUUACAAUCUGGUUACCCUCCGGAAGUUCACUGCUGUUUUGGCUAGUGCAGCGCAUUUAAUUACUAUAAUAGAUAUAGAUAUAUAAAAACCCUCUAAAUAAGCCUCAUUUUAACCUGCAGCUCAGUGGACGACCAACCUUAAGAUGCACCGCGGACUGACACGGAUUUGUCAGCUUUUGAUCCUUUUGGAAUCUGCCAAGAACUCCAUGGAAUCUAAGUACGAACUUUUCUUAGAAGAUGAAGAGAUUAUUAGUACCUGCUCGAACAGGGAACCUGGAAGCCUCAAUGUCUCCAGCAUGUUCGAUUAUACUAAUACCACUUUCGCCAUGGAUGAAAAAGGAGUAACGAUUUCGGGGAAUAACACAGUGGUUUGGGAUAUCCAGCCAACAGAUCGAGUCCAGAUGCAGAGCAGCCUUUGGUUCUUUGAGCGAGGAAUCUGGCAACCGACAACUCUGAGUUUAUUCGUUUUUGACUUCUGCAAGGUAAUGUUUGACAGCAAUCAACUGUGGUACAAGGACUAUACGAGACACAUAGCAAACACAGCGGAAGUUAAGGAAACUUGCUUAAGAGUUAAAGGGACAAUCAUUCAAUUAGAAACAUAUAGAGUGGAUUUUGUAAUCAGCAGUGUAUAUCCGUUGAGAGACGGUCGCUAUGCACUUCGCUAUAUUUUCACAGCCUACGAUAAGAAUGAGGUCAGGCGUCCGAACGUAAUAUGUUUCGAGAUCAAGGGAGAGUUUACUAAACUAAGAAGUAGAUAAAUGGUCAUAAAUAGUAUUUCAUUGAUUAUGAAAAUAUUCUUCUAGUUAAGUAAAAAAACUAUUAGAAACGAA